AGUUACGUGCUUCAAAAUGGCGGCGCUCGUGCCCUUGUUAUUAAAACCCAGAGUAGGUUUUCUCGUGUUGUCUCCGAUGCCAGCGGUUCUCUCGAGCAGACCUGCGUCUAAGAAGUCUGGAGGCAGCAGCAAGAACCUGGGAGGGAAAAGUCCGGGUCACAGAUACGGCUUCAAGAAACAGGACGGAGACUUUGUUCGUGCAGGUAACAUCCUCGCCACACAGAGGCUCAUUCGCUGGCAUCCGGGAGCUCAUGUGGGAAUGGGGACGAACAACACGCUGUACGCUCUGGAGGACGGUACGGUGCGGUACACUAAAGAAGUGUACAUCCCUCUGCCUCGUAGCGCCGAAGCCAGGGACGUGAUCCCCAAACUGCCCAGAGGAGCCGUGCUCUACAAGUCCUUCGUCAACGUCGUCCCCACCAAGCAGGAGAACAACUUCAAACUAGUGGACAUGGUCUGAGAAACGGUUCUAACCGGAUUCCAGAUUCGGUGAACUGGGAAAUGUUUGGCGCUCGUCCGGGAUAUUACCACUGAUGAAGAAACGCCUUUUUUUUUUGUUUACUUUUAAAAAGUUAAUAAUAAAAUUAAUAAAUCUGCAGUACCAUGCACCAUCUCAAUCAUUUUCACAAACCUACUUGGUUGAAUUCAGUGUAGAGUUCUGCUCAUAAGUUUGCACACCCCUGCCAGAAUGGAACAUGUUUAUCAUUGUUUUUGUUUGUUUUAGAAAUUCAGUGAUCAUAAAAACACACUUCAGAAUUUGCUGUUACACGAAAACUAUCCACUUCCAUCAGCAUUAAACCCUACAACCUUUUAAAGUAUAAUAUUUCGUUCAUAUAUAAAAUGUUCAUAUCCUCCUGAAUGUGUGUAAAUUACACUUUAAGAACAUGAACUAAUGCAAACCUCAACUUGAGCGACUUCAGAUCCUGUCAGUAGCGCGGAUUACUGCGCGGAGAGAGAAGGAAUGUAAUGUUUGGUUUAAAUUGCUGGUUUUAAGUGAGUUUUAAUUGUGCUUUGGAGUCUAUCAAAAACAUCCUCUUGCUAAUUGACUGGGUCAGGGACUAAGAGAACCAUCAAGAACAUUUUGUUAAACUCUACAGUACUGUGCAAAAGUCUUGGGCACCCUAUUUUUUUUUUCUUUCAUACAAGGAAGGAGGUUGAAUUGAUAAAGUAUGAUCUCGGAGCAUAGACCUCUGACACAUAAGAGAUUCUGCCUCACGGAUCGAUCCGGGAGCAAACAGUCACUGAUGCAGACAUGGCUGCUCAAAGAGGUUUCUCAGUUUAUUGUCGGACAAACACGAGGAUAUCUCCACAUUCUAGACCAGGGGUCAUCAAACUCCGGCCCGCCACUCCCCUUUGACCGGCCCCCCAGCCCCUCUGCCCCCCACCACUUGAACCGGCCCUAUGAGGCGAUCCCCAAAAGUGGUCAUGGCCUAUUUUUUUAAAUUGCUUUUUGGCAAAUAAUAACAUGUCUGCAUCUUGUAUUUUGUUGAUUUUUAUCAAUUAAAAUUGAUAUUUAGUUAUAAAAUGAACUAUUCAUAUUUUCCGAAUUUUCGUCAUAUGCUCACAAUCAAGCAGUGACAGGCAGCGCACGCGCAGAGAACUGUCAGUGUUCAGGACAGCAAAAUGACUAGCGGUCAGUGAAAAGCUAACAGAGAGUGCAGAGUUUUUAAAGAACAGUGGACCACCGAUUAUUUUUUCGUUCAGUGUAAGGACCGUGCAGUUUGUCUUGUAUGUAAAGAAAGUGUGUCGGUUUUCAAAGAAUAUAAUCUUCGUCGUCACUACGAAACCCGCCACAAAGAGUAUGCUAGUUUGCGAGGGCAAACAAGAGGAGACCGGAUUCGGAGGAUGAAAUGCUGACUGGCUGCACAACAGAAUGUAUUCCUUCACCAAACCCAGAUCAACCAGGCUGCUGUCCGAGCGAGCUAUAAGGUAGCUCACCUACUAGCUCCCCAUGGAAAGCCGUUUACUGAUGGGGACUUUGUUAAAGUAUGCAUGCUUGCUGUGGCCGAGGAGGUGUGUCCCGACAAGAAGUACAAAUCAACAAGUACAAAUCCAGCUCACCUACAUAUACUACUGAUUUUGAUUCCCAUUAUUCUGUAUUAUGCUUUAAUUUUGACCUAUAAAUGGCCUACUGGUCAUUUAAUUUUCACCUUGACCUAAAAAAUGUUUACUGAACAUGCUCAAAUGGAUAGGCAUAAGAGCUGGCUAGUUGAUCUAUUGCUCAUAUUAUUAUAAUUUCACUGUUUUUUUAAUGUAUUUAUUUUAUAGGCCUAUUUAUUUGACCUUUAUUAAAGUGCUGCGCACAAUUAUUAUUAAUAAUAUCAACAGGCCUACCUACAAUUUAUAAUUUUCCACUCACCUUUGCCAGUGUCAAUCACCUCAACUAGGCAGAUGUUUCUUACCUUGACAGCUUUGAUGUUAUUUUUAUUAGAAAAUAAAUAAAUG